CCUAGGAUCUUAAGGACCCCUAAGGAAUUUAAGAGUGAGCCCAUUUCACAGAGGAGGAAAAGAAAGGGCCCCGGAGUGAGGGACGGGCAGGCUCCAGCUAGUGACUCAGGCUGCUGUUUUUUUCCCGGGCUAAUUGGCUAGCUCAAUUAGCAGGGCUCAGGAAGCCCAGAAGCCCUCCCUGCUGGCCAAGGCCAUAUAAAGGCACCUACCAGGCGGGCUCCUCCAGUCUCCAGCCCUGGUGAGAAGUCCCCCCACGAUGAAGCUGUGUCUUGCUGCCUUGCUUCUCUUGGCUACAUUGUGUGUGAAUUUUGCUCACUCCCUAGAAUGCCACGUGUGCUGCGGGCCUGAAAGCUGCCGGGCUCCCGUCGAAUGCUCCCCAACAGACAAGUACUGUCUUAUUACCCGGGCAAUCAACUCAAUCAACCCCAACCAUAUCCUGGUGAUGAAGUCCUGCGCCCCAACUUGCCCGAACAGCACCAUUUCAACCGAUGGACACGCCAUCUCUGUUGCCUGCUGCCAGGCAAAUAGAUGCAAUGGGAAGGUGGAGACAAAUGCUUCCACUAGCCUAGCCAUCAGCCAAGGGGUUCUGUGGGUGGGUCUCUCGGCCAGCCUCCUGUGGGUGCUCCUCCACGCUGGCUGGUGAGGAGAUUUUUCUUGUCCCUACCCUUCCACUGUCCCUAAAGUUUUCUGUUCCCAAGAUCUC